AUGGCAGGCUAAGAGUCAAGUCACUUCAAGUUUUACUCCUCUCUUCUUCUAUCUCAGAAUCUUAACUCAAUGGCUCAAACAACUCCAAAACAUACCCAGACCGUUUCUGGCUGGGCAGCCCACGAUUCCUCUGGCAAGAUCACCCCUUAUAUUUUCAAAAGAAGAGAGAAUGGCAGCAAUGAUGUAACCAUAAAGAUCAUGUACUGUGGGAUCUGCCACACUGAUCUCCACCAUGUGAGGAAUGAUUGGGGGAUUACCAUGUACCCUGUGGUUCCAGGGCAUGAAAUUACAGGCGUAAUCACCAAGGUGGGGAGCAAUGUAAAGAACUUCAAGCUGGGAGACAGGGUUGGAGUUGGGUGCUUGGCAGCUUCCUGCUUGGAGUGCGAGUUCUGCAAGAGCUCCCAGGAGAAUUACUGUGAUCAGAUUCAGCUCACUUACAAUGGCAUUUUCUGGGAUGGUAGCAUCACCUACGGGGGCUACUCCGAAAUGCUGGUUGCAGAUCACAGGUACGUGGUGCGCAUACCGGAAACCCUGCCGAUGGAUGCAGCAGCGCCUCUGCUCUGCGCAGGAAUUACUGUGUUCAGCCCCAUGAAAGACAACGGCCUGCUAAAGUCUCCAGGGAAAAGGAUAGGGAUAGUUGGUUUAGGGGGUCUUGGACACGUAGCUGUGAAAUUUGGCAAGGCAUUUGGUCACCAUGUAACCGUGAUUAGUACCUCCCCAUCUAAAGAAAGGGAGGCAAGAGAACGCUUGGAUGCAGAUGAUUUCAUUGUCAGCACCAAUUCUAAACAAAUGCAGGCAGGGAAGAGAACACUAGAUCUUAUCCUGGAUACAGUUUCAGCUAAUCACUCCCUUGGGCCAAUCUUGGAAUUGCUCAAGGUGAAUGGAACAUUGGUGGCAGUGGGUGCACCAGACAGGCCUUUUGAGUUACCUUCUUUCCCCUUGAUAUUUGGCAAGAGAACAGUGAAGGGAAGCAUGACAGGAGGAAUGAGAGAAACACAAGAAAUGAUGGACGUAUGUGGCAAAUUUAACAUCACUUGCGAUAUUGAAGUUGUAGAACCAUACAAAAUCAAUGAAGCCCUUGAUCGACUUGCAAGAAACGAUGUCAGAUAUCGUUUUGUCAUUGAUAUUGCUGGAAACUCUUCACGUAUUUAAUUAAGAGAAGCAGAGUCUUUUGGCCUCAUAUAUUUUGCUUUAUAUAUUUUAGUUGGCUAAUUCAACUUUGUGGCCCCAUAUUCUAUCAUGUGCUUGUCUCUGGUGUGCAAUUAAACGAAAUGAAAUCUUCAUCAAAUAAAAAUUCUAACAAGAUAAUUAAUUUUAAUGUUA